AUGUCAUCGGAGCGUGACCAGGAGCAACUUUCUUUAGAAGAGAGCAGAGAAGGUGAAGGAAAGUCGACAACAUCGCAAACUGAAUCCAAUGCUUCAGAUGUCGCGGAGGACCCUUCCACAAAAGAACAGACAGGCGACAAAGAAGACAGUGCAGCUGCAAGAGCCCGCGAAAGAAAGGAGAGGUUCAAAGCUCUUCAAGCGCGCGCAAAAUCUGCAACUGAACGCAACCUGAAAGAGACAGCAGCCGAAACUCAGCGACUAGCAACUGACCCGUCACUUCUCUCCUCUCUAUCGCGCAAACAUGCUUUUGCCUCACACAACCUACUUAAAGCUGACACGGAGGCUGCUGGAGAGGACUUUGAACGCAAACGGGCUUGGGACUGGACUGUUGACGAAUCCGAGAAAUGGGAUAGGCGGAUGGAAAAAAAGCAGCGCCAUCGAGACGAUGUCGCAUUCCAGGAUUAUACCCAGGAUGCACGGAAAGUGUACAAGAGGCAGCUACGGGAAAUGAAACCUGACCUGGAGGGCUAUGAGAACGAAAAAAUGGCAGCGAUUGAAAAGGCUGCAGCAAGCGGCGAUCUCGAGAUUGUUGAAACCAAUGAUGGAGAAAUGAUUGCAGUGGAUAAGAACGGUACUUUCUAUUCCACAGCCGAUACGAUUGGAUUUACCGAGAGCAAGCCCGAUCGUGCUGCUGUCGAUAAACUAGUCGCGGAUCUGAGGAAGGCCGAAGAAGUCCGCCUCAAGAAACGCAGAGACCGCCGUGGCGGCGACGAAGAUGGCGAUGUCACUUACAUCAACGAAAAGAACAAACAGUUCAACCAGAAAUUGGCUCGCUUCUAUAACAAGUACACUACCGAAAUACGUGACAGCUUCGAGCGAGGUACCAUGAUAUGA